AUGGCAAAGGGAGGAUUUGGCUUGUGUGUCUUGGAGAGACCUUGUCCGGCGAGGAUGGAUCUCUUGCAUCUCUUACGGCUGCUGCUUACCGCCUGUGUGUUCGGCCUGUCCCAGACAAUCAACCCCUUUGUGGUGCAGCAAACUGCAUCCGACCCUUGCUACGAUGAGAACAGCGCCCCCCGGCGCUGCAUCCCCGAGUUUGUCAAUGCUGCCUUUGGGAAGGAAGUGCAGGCCUCCAGCACGUGUGGGAAGCCUCCCACUCGCCACUGCGAUGCCUCAGACCCCCGCAAAGCCCACCCGGCAUCUUACCUCACGGACCUCAACACUGCCUCCAACAUGACGUGCUGGCGCUCCGAGAGCCUGCACCUUUCCCCUCAGAAUGUCACACUCACCCUCUCCCUGGCCAAGAAGUUUGAGGUGAUUUAUGUCAGCCUGCAGUUCUGCUCGGCCCGACCUGAGUCAGCAGCCAUUUUAAAAUCUAUGGAUUAUGGCAAGACCUGGGUGCCUUACCAGUACUACUCCUCCCAGUGCCGGAAGAUUUACGGCAAGCCCAACAAAGCCACCGUCACCAAGCAAAAUGAGCAGGAGGCGCUGUGCACCGAUGGCCACACAGAUCUGUACCCGCUCACUGGGGGCCUCAUUGCCUUCAGCACGCUGGACGGACGGCCCUCCGCCCAAGACUUUGACAACAGCCCAGUGCUCCAGGACUGGGUGACAGCUACGGACAUCCGGGUCAUUUUCAGCCGCCCCCAUUUGUUCCGGGAGCUGGGGGGCCGGGACAAUGAGGAGGAUGAUGGCGGGACCGGCUCGUUUUCAUACUAUUAUGCCGUGGGUGAGUUCCAGGUCGGGGGGCGGUGCAAGUGCAAUGGGCACGCCUCCCGCUGCGUGAAGGACAAGGAGGGCAAGCUCGUGUGUGACUGCAAGCACAACACUGAGGGCCCCGAAUGCGACCGCUGCAAACCCUUCCAUUAUGACCGCCCGUGGCAGAGGGCCAACGCCAGGGAGGCCAACGAGUGUCUAGCCUGCAACUGUAACCUGCAUGCCCGGCGCUGCCGCUUCAACAUGGAGCUGUACAAACUCUCAGGCAGGAAGAGCGGAGGUGUCUGCCUCAACUGUCGCCACAACACGGCCGGCCGGCACUGCCAUUACUGCAAAGAGGGGUUCUACCGGGACAUGAGCAAAUCCAUCACCGACCGCAAGGCCUGCAAAGCUUGUGACUGCCACCCUGUUGGCGCAGCCGGUAAAACCUGCAACCAGACCACCGGGCAGUGCCCAUGCAAAGAUGGUGUGACAGGGCUCACCUGCAAUCGCUGUGCCAAGGGCUACCAGCAGAGCCGGUCACCUGUGGCUCCUUGCAUCAAGAUUCCUGCCAUCAACCCAACCUCCGUGGUCACCAGCACAGAAGAGCCGGCAGACUGUGAUUCGUACUGCAAGCCAGCCAAAGGCAACUACAAGAUUAAUAUGAAAAAAUACUGCAAGAAGGAUUAUGUUGUCCAAGUGAAUGUCUUAGACAUGGAGACAGUGGCCAACUGGGCUAAGUUCACUGUCAACGUCCUCUCGGUCUACAAGUGCCGCGAUGAGCGUGUGAAGCGUGGUGAUAACUUCCUGUGGAUCCACAUGAAAGACCUGGCCUGCAAGUGCCCCAAGAUCCAAAUCAGCAGAAAAUACCUUGUCAUGGGGAUCAGCGAAAACCCCACUGACCGGCCAGGACUCAUGGCUGACAAGAACAGCCUGGUCAUCCAAUGGCGGGAUGCCUGGACCCGGCGUCUGCGGAAACUGCAGCGGCGGGAGAAGAAGGGGAAGUGUUUGAAACCAUGA